ACAUCAUGAAGACUUUAGGUGCCUUCCUCCUUCUGAGCAUCCUAGUCCUUUCUUCACAGAUGCCAUCUGCAUCUGGUGCAGGAAGACCAAAAGAGAAACCAGGACAGUGCCCAGUGGUUACUGUAAGAUGCCGGAUGAUCAAUCCCCCCAACCAUUGCAAUAAUGACUUUGACUGUAAAGGGUCCAUGAAGUGUUGCGAAGGGAUGUGUGGAAAAGACUGCAUCGACCCAGUAUUUGCAUAAAUUCUUGUUUCACUGAUGGACACCCAGCAGCAGCAGCAGCAGCAACUACCACCACCACCACCACUACUACUACACUGCAACAAAAACACCUGUACCAUCCAUGGACAUUAUUCCGAUUGGGAUUUACCAGCCAACUACUUACCUCAUUUGCAGGAGGAAAAUCUAGCUGAAUGAUUCUUUGAUUUGGAUCUUUGGGUCUCUAAAGUAUUUGAAGCCCUUGAUUUGGAGAGGGAAAUGAUCAUCUCUCUGUUUAUGUCUUCAGCUCCCACAGAAAGCUAACUCUUAAGAUAUCAUUCUUCUGAUUUACUGUAGACAAACUAAUAUCCGAGACAGAACUGAGCUGAAGCUGCUUUCUGCUUUUCAUGUUGGCCUUUCAUAACUAUAAUAAUAAUAAACCUUUAUUGUCAGUA